AGGUGCCUCAAACUUGAAAACGGAAUAUCCCGUUUUUUACGGGUCGGUCAAGGAUCGCUCAUCCAGACACAUGUGAAUCACUAGUCAACCCCUUCUACAUUAUUAAACUCCGGCGACGAGUCGCAGCCCUGGCCCGGUCAAUACCCUACCGGGGAAUUCUCUGCAAGGCUUUGCUAGCUGAUUCAUGGAAGAAAUAAUCAAUUCAUCGUCAAAACUUACUUCAACAUGCAUCUAUUUUUCAGCAACUUCCGUAAAUGCGAAGAACCGGAAAUCAAAACCCCAGUCAAAGGGGUUUUUGUCUUCAUUUAUGAUAGUCUAGCCGGUGAGAAUGAUGGGAGGAGAGAGAGGAAUUGAAUAUGAAUCUAAGCUUUGAAUUCACACUACCAUACGUUAGCAUCUAUCAUUGUAGGUGCCCUUAUAGGACCGAUAAUUUCUAGAAGAUCAUUCCUCAUUCCGCGUUCAUUUAUAUAAAUUUUCCGAUCAGGGUUUGCUGUAUUCUGCUUCCAUCCACGAGCUUCUAUUGAUUUCAGGGUUGAAAUACAGUACAGUUUCUACAAUGUCGAGUUUGGAGGAGCCUCUUGGUAUGGACAAAUUGCCAAGCCUAAGCACCAUUGAUCUUUUCCAUAGACUCUCAUCCAACGGCUGUAGCACAAGUGGAGGGGACACUGGAAUGGGAAAUUACUGGAUUGAGGGAAAUACUUCCACCUCAUCAAAUAGUGAUGAGGAUGAUUUUGAGUAUGAAAAAGGAGCAUUCUUUUCGAGACAUAAAGCAAGAGAUAUGUCUCAAAGCCAAGGGAGGAACCAUGUAGGAUAUGAACAUUUACCAUACUUUCAGCAUAAUGAUGUAGGCCUACAAUACAUAACAAAUCAGAUUUUCAAAGGCAUACCAAAGUAUGUGAAGAUAGUGGAAGUUGGUGCAAGGGAUGGACUACAAAAUGAAAAGAAUAUGGUUCCUACAUCUGUUAAAAUACAACUAAUUCAAAGACUUGUUUCUACUGGAUUAUCUGUUGUUGAAGCCACAAGCUUUGUUUCCCCAAAAUGGGUACCUCAGCUGGCAGAUGCAAAGGAUGUUAUUGAAGCAUUUAAAAGCUUUGAUUCUGUGAGAUUGCCUGCAUUGGUUCCUAAUAUGAAAGGUUUUGAAGCUGCCAUUGCAGCUGGAGCAAAGGAAAUAGCUGUUUUUACAUCAGCAUCCGAGUCAUUCUCAAAGUCAAACAUUAAUUGCACUAUUCAAGAAAGUCUUGCUCGUUAUCGUGCUAUUGUAUCUGCUGCCACAAAGCUCUCUAUUCCUGUUCGUGGAUAUGUGUCAUGUGUGAUUGGAUGCCCGGUUGAUGGAAUGACGCGUCCAUCAAAAGUUGCAUACGUGGCAAAAGAACUUUAUGACAUGGGUUGUUAUGAAAUAUCACUUGGGGAUACUAUUGGGAUUGGGACACCAGGCACGGUUAUUCCAAUGCUUGGAGCAGUGAUGGCAGUUGUUCCUGUUGAAAAGCUUGCGGUUCAUUUUCAUGACACUUAUGGCCAAUCUCUUCCAAAUAUUUUAGUGUCCCUCCAGAUGGGAAUAAGCACAAUAGAUUCAUCCAUCGCAGGAUUAGGAGGGUGCCCAUAUGCCAAGGGUGCUUCGGGAAAUGUGGCUACUGAGGAUGUGGUUUACAUGCUUGAUGGCCUUGGUAUCAAAACCAAUGUUGAUCUACGUAAGCUUUUGCAAACGGGCGACUUUAUCUGUAAACAUUUAGGUCGCCCAUCAGGGUCGAAAGCUGCGCUCGCAUUUAGCCAUAAGAAUUAAAGAACGCAAAUGUUCAUUAAUUGUAUACAAACAAUUGCAUUUUCUCUAAUAUAUAUAGGCUAAUAUAUGCCAUAGUUAAAACGAUUGA